AUGUCAUUUACAGGCUUCAAAACAAUUAUAGAGGAGGGUGAUCUUGUGCUUGCAUUCAUCAAUAGAUCAACAAUAAAACCCAUAACAAUCACCAAGGGAGAAACAUUGCAAACAAAAUUUGGGCAUUAUCACCAUGAUGCAAUGAUUGGAGUGCCGUAUGGUUCUCAAAUCAGCGGCGCAAAGGGGUAUGGUUUCAUUCAUUUACUUAAUCCGACACCUGAAAUGUGGACUUUAUCAUUACCGCAUAGGACACAAAUAGUUUAUACUCCUGAUUCCUCAUACAUUGUUCAACGAAUGAAUGUGAAACCAGGCUCAAGAGUGAUUGAAGCAGGAACAGGAUCUGCAUCGUUCACCCACGCAUUUGCAAGGACAGUGGCAGAACAGGGAAAAGUUUUCACCUUUGAGUUUCACGAACCUAGAUACCUCGAGGCCAAGAAAGAAUUAGAGGAGCACGGCUUCCAAAACAUCACUAUAACGCAUCGCGAUGUUUGUAAAGAUGGGUUUCAAAUAAAGAAUGGAGAUGAAGGAUCUUUUGAAGAGAUUAAUGGAGAUGCUAUAUUCUUGGACUUGCCCUCGCCGUGGGAUGCAAUCCCACACCUUGACUCCGUGAUUUCCAAACACAAAAGAGCUGCUAUAUGUUGCUUUUCGCCGUGUUUUGAACAAGUGGAGAAAACAGUAACUGCAUUGGAAGAAAAUGGGUGGACUAGCAUUGAAAUGGUUGAAGUUGCCGCGAAAAGAUGGGAAGCUAGAAAAGAGAUGAAACGAGACGUGCAUAGUGCCAUUAAUAGGAUUAGGGACAUACAGCAGAGGAAAAAACACGGAAUCGAGAGUUUAAGAGCAGGUGUUGUGCCGGACAAGAUGGCCAAGGUGCAGGAAAACGGGUUUUUGUCUGUGAAGAAGAGCGCAAAGGUGAAGGAGGGUGAUGCUGGGUAUGAAUGGAUAGAUGUGACUAAAGUAGAGCCUGAGAUCAAGAGUCAUACAUCUUACUUGACAUUUGCAUAUAAGCUCUUAGUUUAG